GAAGCUUCUUAGAAAUAAUCUCAUUAUUAUUAUUAUAAUUUUCAAAACAAGAACUUUGUUCUCAUAUAUCUCACUUCACAAUAACCUCUGAAACCCUUUGCUGUUUUUUUUUUCUGGUUUGAAGCUAAGAGACAUCCUUUCUGAUCUACUGCAACAUGGCAGCAAAUAUUAGGUGUGCACUUCUUCGAUGUAGCGUUCUUGUUCGUACUAAGGCGGAACAGAUGGUGUCCGAGGAAGUUAAUGAAAAACAAUAUGUAUCGAAUAAGAUUCGUGAAGUCUUUAAGGAUGUUGGAAAAGAAAUGUAUAGGUUGGUUUCAAAUCGACAUCUUGUGCGACUAAAAGUUGAAGCAACUGAUCGUAAAACUGAUAAGGUCAGUGAUGAUGUUUUUGUGUGGCUAAAAGAAACAGACAUAGUCAUACAAGAGGUGGAGAAUGUCACAUUACAAGCAAGAAGAACACAGCAAUGGAAUCCGCUUAUAAAAUUGCUGAAAAAAAUAACAACACUCAAUAUGAAAAGCGAGUUUGACCCGUUUUCAUUUCCGAUUCCAAGUUUAGAGCACUUCUCUUCAGGAAAUAUUGUUUGUUUUGAAUCCAGAGAAAAGGCUUCAGAUCAACUUUUAGCGGCGUUGCAAGACGAUAAUUGUUCGAUGAUUGGAUUAUACGGAAGGCAGGGAUCCGGUAAAACAACAUUGGUGAAAGCAAUGGGCGAGAAAGGUAAGUUUUUGAAGAUUUUUGAUGAAGUUUUAUUUGCCACAGUGUCCCAAAAUGCAAAUAUUAGAACGAUGCAAGAGGAAAUUGCUGAUUCGUUGGAUAUAAGCUUUGAUAAAAACAGUGAAGCCGGAAGAGCAAGAAGAAUAUUCUCCACAAUAGAAAGUAUGAAUCGUCCAAUUCUAGUUAUUUUUGAUGAUGUUCAAGUAAAAUUUGAUCCAGAAGAUGUAGGUAUUCCUUGUAAUAGUAAUCGAUGCAAGAUCCUUUUGACUACACGUGGUCGGGAAUAUUGUGAUAUGAUGUACUCUCAAAGAAAUAUUCAACUUGAUUCCUUAUCUAAAGAAGAAGCUUGGACUUUGUUUGAAAAACAUUCGGGCAUUCAUGACGAGGAGUGCUCCUCCUCGUUCGACUUAUUGAAUGUCGCACAUGAAGUUGCUUUUGAGUGUGAAGGGAUGCCUAAAUUGAUUAAAGAUGUGGCAUCUUCCUUGAGAAGUAAACCAAUUGAUGAAUGGAAAGCAUCGCUAGAUAGUCUCAAACAUUCAAUGGCCAAAUGGCAAAUUUUUCUUAGUUUUAGAGGAGAAGAUACGCGCUAUGCUUUUACAGGUUCUCUUUAUCAAGCUUUACGUCAAGGGGGAUUCAAGACCUUUAUGGAUGAUGGAGGAUUGCAAACUGGAGACCAAAUUUCACCAUCUCUUCUAAAUGCCAUUGAAGCAUCGAGGCUUUCGAUUAUUGUCUUAUCUGAAAACUAUGCAAAUUCCACAUGGUGUCUUGAUGAACUUGUCAAGAUUCUCGAGUGCAAGAAAUUGAAGAAUCAAUUGGUUUGGCCAAUAUUUUACAAAGUGGAUCCAUCUGAUAUCAGACAUAUAAGAAAAUGUUUUGGAAAAGACAUGGCUCGACAUGAAAAUAUAUUUGGAAUUGAUUCCGAGAAAGUGCAAAAAUGGAAGUCAGCUUUAUUUGAAGUGAGCAAUUUGUCUGGAAUAGCUUAUACAACCAGUUUGUGCAGGCGCACUAACUUGGAUCAUGGGGCAGAGAUACUUGCUAACAUCAAAGAUUAUGCCAGCUGGUAUUAUUGCAGGACUAAGCGGCGUCAUGACUCUGUUUUAUAUCUUCAAACUAGCAACUGGUGGCAAUCAUAUACCUGCUAAGGCUGACUGAUAAAAAAGUGAUUCAUCAUAUUACUAUAAUUCAUAUAUGUUGAGUGACCUACAUGAUUUAGAUGGUUGUACUUAGUGAUUUCAAAGUUUCGAACAGAUAGUUGUCGUUGUUGUAUGUAGAGAAUUGGGUUUUUCUUUCCUUUUUUUUUUUCAUUGGGAUCUUCCUGAAUGCAAAAUAGACUGGUUGUUACAUUAUUCACAAAUUCGAUGAAAAUUACUAAUGAAAUGUAUUAUGAUUUAUGACCCAUUACAUGAUUAUUUGCAAAUUUCCA